CUUCAAACAAGGUUAAGAACCACUGGCUUAGGCUUUAUUUUAUAGACUAGAAGAUAGCGCUACAAAAGGUUCCCUGUUGAGAUAAGCACCCAAGUACACUAACAACACACACAUACAAGUUCUUUGUCUUACAACUGAUGAUACUACUGAAACAAUAUUCAGCCAAGUGCUUUUAACCAGUCACUAGCAAUCGUGAACAGAGAGGAAGAACUUACCACGGUGAAGGUGUCUAUCGUUAGCCUCGCCUACAAGUUGAAGGGUCAUAUAUGAGACGAUCCUAGCAUCAAUCCCGUCUACUCAGAGUCCACUUAACAUCAUCAUCUGACAGGUCAAACUCAGGUGGUUCAUCACCAUCUGAAGCUUCAAACACUGUCUUGUAACUGGUUGUCCGUUGUCUGACAGCUAUUCCCACCAUGAGCUGUGAAAUUAAGAACGAAAAGUGUCCGGUUCAAAUGCAAUGCUUAUUUCCCACGACUGCUACUGAUACACGACCUUUUACUCUUUACUUUUAUUCUUCCCAGGGAAGUCAAGAACGAGUGCUUGUCUGUGCGUACAACGGACACCAUACAUGCUUUCAAGAAAAAGGCUUCGAGGCCACACAUGAAGGUUAUAAUGCUGUCACCAUCACAGUUCCUGACACAUUUACAACAAGCAAUGGAUCAUUUGGCUGCCAGAAAGGAGACAUUCAUAUGGUUAAAAAUUGUUUGUACAAUCCUCCAGAAAUCUGCAAUACUAUUAGAAGCACCGAAUCUUUAAUCGGUCUUGGGACGACUACAAAAGGUACUGACUUCCCUUUAACCACUGAACAGGUCGGAAAUACAGGUAUCAACCCUGCAGUUCUUGGCGUAAUUCUAGGAUCAAUCGUCGUCAUUGCGAUCAUCAUCAUCGUCUGUCUGCUGCUCAGGAAAUACAGACCUAAGAGUUAUAGCCGUUUCCAGGAAUGUCUAAUAUGCAUCGUUCCUCCACCAGUCAUCGCUAUCGAGAAAUGUCGGAAAUACUUUCUUGGGAAAGAAAACAAAGACAACCAUGUAAAUCAAACGACGACUGACCCUACAUCAUUUAGCGUCAAUGGAGGCAAUAUGGAAAGAGAUGACCUGCUCUAUUGGGAUGACGAACUGACCAUCAAUGCGCUGAUGGCAAACGCCGACCAGGAGCACACAUCUACUGACAACGAGAACAAUGGCGAGUCUUGGUGGGAAUUGUGAUGAAAUGAAGGCGGCUGUAGAGGGAUGGUGUUACCAUCCGAGGGGAAAGGGGUCUCUUUAGCUGGCUCGCUCCGCCCGCUUUCGCCCUUACACUCAGUCACCCGCCCGUUCACACGUCCGCACGCGUAACGACUAAUAGCCACUCUCACCCACGUGCGCAAACACACAACUGACAAGACAGUUGUACAGAUUAUAUAAUUAUAAUUGAAACAAAAAAGCAAAUUAGGUUGACGUGAAAACAGUUACAGAAGAAUGGAUUUAGAGAUAAUUUGAUCUUACGUUAGUAUCUGCAUAUAUGUCCGGACACACGAUCCGCCUCUGACCCACAGUUCACAGUUUUAGAAUAUAGUGGGUCCUCCUCGAACAUGAACUGUCCUUGUUCGUUGGACUGAGAGUACCGCUCACCUACCUUGUCCUUUGUUUCCUGAAGAUGAGUGCAGCUGGCUGCAUGCACCUUAUCUUCUAGAUGAUCUCUUGUCACUGUCCCACCACAGUUGCCCCAGGCAAAGGGUGCAGCGACGAUGCUCGGAGUAGAGAUGACUUGUAUGCUGAACGUUGUUUCCUGAAGAUAGGUGCAGCUGCCCGCAUGCACCUGGUCUGCUGGAUAAUUUCUUGUCACUGCUCCCCCACAGUUGCCCCAGGCAAUGGAUGCAGCGACGAUUCUCGCAGUAGAGAUGACUGUAGGCUGUUCUGUAGAUGACCACACUGGACCGGUGGCAAGGUGGGAUCUGCCAACCGCUGCCUCGCACGUCUUGCUGCCGGACACAGUUAACUCCCCCGCUUGUCGUGGGGAGAGAUCAACCUCUUGGUUACAGCACACACCCUCCUCUCUUUAUAACCAGAUCGCAAGUGCCAUCAGGUAGUGAUACGUUCUGACUGAACGGGCUUCCCUGUUUCAGACCUGCUGCCUGCGACUGAAUAACACUUAGAGACGACGUCUCUGCUGGAACACGAGAGAAAAAGCCCCGACUACACAUCUACCCUAAAUUAUAUACUAAGAGGACACGUGACUACUCGCCACUCAAUCUACCAGGUUCUGACGCUAUCGCUCUAACACUAAAACAGCUACUGACCACUGCGCUAUUCUCAGGUACCUGUGACAUCUACCGUUCCUUUCUCUCACGGUCGGCCACAUCAACCUCUGCCUUCCACGACCCUCAGUCUAAUUCUCUCAUUCAGCCGGUGUGCCGCUGGAGACAAAGAAAACAAAACAAACUGUGUUCGCACGGCUGAGGGUAUCGGUCUUUCGAUUAACCCCACACCUUUGAAGUGGUGACUGCGAUAGAUCACUAACUUUGCCCCCCGACCCCGGGACCGUGACCGUCCGUGAAUCAAGGCGGCAUGUCGUCCGUUUCCCCUGAUCGGCGCCCCCCUCGUCGCUCACCUAUUAUUUCGACUUAAUUGUCCUGGCUAGAACCCUACGGGUUCAUGACAGUAUUCUUUACCUAAUCCAUCCUUCAUUAGCACAUCUUCCUCAGGAAGUAAUGCAUCAGACGCGCCUCUCCUUCUGUAGUUCAUUUAACUGUUGUUCAAAUCCAUCAUAGCCUCAUCACCAGACAGUAUAAUCUCAGGCUUUCUACGGGGCUAAGAUCCUACACAGAGUUGGAAAAGAUAUUAAAAAAGUAAUUCGAAGGUGGGGGGACGGAAGGUAAAUAACACAUAAGCAAACGGGAUAUUUUGUUUCAAUAAUAAUUUAGGAACGCCUUUUUAUCUUUCGCCACUUUGCCUUCUGAUUUGAAGAACUGGAUGAUCUGAAUAAUUACGCCAGAAAGACUUUUUAAGAGAUUAUGUUGUAAAAAGUAAUGCAGAUAGCAGAGAGGUAUUUUGAUGCUUUAUUUUCCCGGUGAUAAAGUAAGUGAUAUAUGAGAGGCUAACGGAUGAAUAUAUUUUAUCCAAAGAAAAAAUUGUGUAACACAACAGUAAUGGGGGAAAGACGGUACACCUAUUCUCUUGAACAACGUUUUCUGUCGUGAUAUCAGUUCUUCUUUACAAAGAAACUGAAGCUAUCCUGAUUACUUCCUACUGCGUGCAUCUAGUCACUGUUUACAACCUCUUGAGAGCUUUUUAUAGAUUGCAAAUAUGCAUCAGUAAGUUGUUGGAAGAUUUUAUUGCAUAUGUAAAUAUUUGAAAUCUUAAUUUUUAGCAUGGUACAGACGACUGUAUCCGUCACAUGAUUGUUUCUCUGCCGUUUUAAGCCUGACUUUAUAGCCUGAUAUGUGUACUUGAUAUGUUUGAGAGAACAGACUUCCUACUUUAUCUCUCAUACAAUAUCUUAUACAGACUCUUGACCAGAGUAGUGUGCGGGCAAUAUACAUGGUACGCUGGUGAUGAGGUUAAUCUUUAAGAAAAGUGGGAAUCGUCUGGUUUACUGUGUGCCCCAGCUAAGAGAGUGACUGUGAUAAGAAUCCCUCAUGUCUUCUGGGUUAAGUAUGUUCCAAUUACUUCCCUUAACACAUUUCCUAGAAUUUCUUAUGUUUAUGCUUCCCCAAAUCCAACCCCUCGUCCAUGGUCGUGGGAGGUGAAAACGGUCAGAGUAAAGAUUUUUAUCUGAAAUGAACUGCUAACGGGGCUCUGGUGAAAGUUCUCCUGGCCUAGAAAUCCAGGACUGGAUCUCUAAAUGCUCAAAGAACAAACAGGCGUCUUCCACCGAGCCAGCAUCUAAAGCUAUAUGAGGGCAAGGCAGCCAGCCCUGUAAACAGAUGCCACAUGCAAAGAGAGAACAGAGUGCCCGAGACGAGAACUUAACCCAGAGCAGCCAGCCCUCACUGUAUUGGUGACAGAUGCUAACCGUUGUACCUUGAGACCACCCAUUGCCACUGACAGCACCUUAUCCUAUAUUUCAUGUAGCACAUGCUUUUAUGAUAUCAGAUAUACCAAUUAUUUAGUCAGUACUAUAAGAUAAAUUUAAUUUCUUUUGUGGUGACAUUUUUAAAAGUUGUAAAAUUUGUGCUAGGUUUUUGUAGUCUUUUUCUUCACAAUGCAAUUUAUUUUCACUUUGUAUUCUGUCAGUUACUGGCACAGCAUAAAACUCCAACUAACUCUUUUUCACAAUACUGACAUGUACAACGCACACAAUCAUACAUAUAAAUAGUUGGAGAUUUAAACAACAUACAAAUACACAAGAAUCAUAGUAUGCACAUAAGAUAAUAGAACCUACACACAGGGCAAUCUAAUAUAAUAUAAAAAGUUUUAUUACAAAUAAUACCUUUAUUUAACCAAUCACAUGACUAAAUGAAAAUAGCAAUUUCGCAAAAAAUAUUUGUGUGCUAUUGCUCCCACCUUGUAUUUUAUAGCAUUGUAUCUUUGUGGUUUGUUUCUUUAGUAGACUGACUUCAUCUUCUUCUACAGUGUGUAAUGUGUACAGUCUUUUUAUGGGGAAGCGCUCAUGAUUGUGCAGUAUUUUGGGCCUGGUUACUACUGGUGAAAGGUGCUAUGCAAAUGCACUUAUUAUUGUAUUAAAUAUAACUGCUCUUUUUAUUGCCCAUGUAUUCUAUAGCCUGAAGCUUAGUGAUUAAAUGUGUUUUAUGUCUCUUAGUGUGUCACUAUUAGCUCGUGUAUUAAUGUUAUAUCUUCAGUUAGCAUAGAAAGGAAAACCGUUUUGCUUGAGAUGCUGUAGAUGUCUGUGUUGGGGUGGGAUAGAGAAGGUCAUUCAUGUUUGGUUUGUAUGCAUAUAUGUACAUGAAAAAUAACCAUUCAUAUACGAAUGUACAAUGUUUUUUAAUAUUAUUUAGAUCAUAGAUCACAGAAUCAAACAAAUCCAUGAUGAUUUAAAAUCAACUGUAUUCAGAUAUAACACAACAGAAGGAACUAUUAAAAGAAGACUGGAUUCAUAUUUUGAUUGUGAUGUAGAUAAUGUGAGAUCAACACGCAACUCAGAAUAACUUCUAUACAGAAAGCGAUUAAUAAAGAUGAUAGAAGUCUAAUAAAAAAAAAGAAUGCCAGCUAUUUUAUAAUAUACUAAGGAAUAAUGGUAAGAAAUACAACGGUGAAUCCUUUUUAAAAUCAUCUUACGAGAUUUGUAAUGUUGAAUCACAUCUCAUGGGUGUUAGGUAUUCCCUGGAAUCCUUGGAUAGACCUUAUGUUCUCAAUGUUGACACCUAAAAGGUGCAUCCUUGGUUCUCAAAAACAUGGGGCCUUGGAAUGAUUUAGCUCAUUAAUAUUAAUAUUGUCUUCUGUUGGCUUACUCUGAUUGUCUUAAGUGUGGUUUUGUAUGUCAUAGUGAUGGUGACAUAGCAUUUUGAGUGAAAGGGGAGAUUGGUUGAUUAAGAGUAGACACAGCUGAAUAUAUUCCAGACAAGAAAAUGGAGAUAAAUUGAAGACAUGUACAUGUUGUAGAUAUGAACAGCAUUGCUUAAGUUUUUAAAAUGUUCAACAUAAUUACAAUCUGAAAAUUUGUUCUGAAAAUUAGUACAGAAUAAGAUUGUAUACCUGCUUUUCUUGUAAUAAAUGUCAGCCAAAAGAAAAUGAAUCUCAAAAUAAAAUUCUGAAAAAUCUUA